AGGGUACGUAGGAACGUUACACAACCAGAGUCAUUAUGUCAUUGUCAUUAAUGCCCAUGAUGUUGAACUCCCACAAAUACAGGAGAGUGACGCUCUAUCCCAUGACGGUGCUAUACUGAAAUGUCAGACAUUGCUAACAAAACAGCGUGAAGAUAGAAAGAACAUGAUGAUGGCCUACAAAGAUGAGAUGGAGAAGAAACAGAUGUCAGGCCGCAUCAUAGUGAAGGAGGGCACUCCGGGAGAGACUAUUGUCAAGUAUGCUCGAGAUGAGGACGUUGACAUCAUCAUUAUAGGUUGCGGAACAAACAAAGGACGUUCGACAAUGGAGUAUGUCACCCAGCAUGCUAACUGUCCCGUUACCAGGGUCCCUCCUAAACAGGCCAUACAAAAAGAUGGAGCACUAUCUAACCUAGUAAAACAAACUAUAACUGGCAUAUAGACAAUCGAAAUCAUACCAGAACAUAACUGAAAUGGAUAACUUGGAACUAAAAAUGUUUGUCUUCGUCAAAUCUUUACUGACGAUGCAAAUUUUACGAAGAAAUCGCCCUUCCGUAGAGGAGUCGUAACUUUGCUAAUAUUGAACCUAUCAAUUUGAAAUAAGCAGGAUUAGAAUGUGCAAUUAUUCAAAAACACGGUGAUAUGCAUGAUGACUUAACAAUAUCAAUCAUGAAAUAUAUUUUUAUUUAUUUAUUUUAAUUUUAUUAUAGUGUCAUGAGUUAAAAUACAAUUACAUAUAUAAAACAAUAGUACACUGUUAAAAUCACCCCAGGCCCCCUAUAGGCCUAUAAGACACGUUUGUAAAAACAUAUUAAUCAUGUUUUGUAAAUAAAAUGUUCCCGUCGUUUAAGCAUCCGGUCACAGGCUUUGGCAGUGAAGAGACAAAUUCUGUCAUUAGACAUUGAACACUGAAAUUUAC